AUGGGUGAGCUUGCACAUGCAUUGCGGUUUUUGGCAUCAGUUGUAUCUCAAAGCUUCUUGGCCUUUGGUGACAUCUUGGAGCUGCAUAGAAAGUUCAUCGAACUGUCUGGUGGUGUUAAUUGGAUUUUUGAACUUGAGGAACUUCUUGAUGCUGCACAAUCUGAUGAAAAUGUUGGUGCUUCAUCAAAGUCCAAUGAGGAAUCUGAGGAUGUUAUCUCUCUUUUGGAGGUUGAUAUUAUCAUUCCAAUGAGGAAUCUGAGGAUGUUAUCUCUCUUUUGGAUGUUAUCUCUCUUUUGGAGGUUGAUUUGUUGUUCAUCAAGCUGGUUGAUGUCUAUGCUAUAUAAUGAUUGGUUUUCCACUUUUCAUGGUGGAAGUGGACAGAGGGUUUCUCUUUCACAUCAGGUUCUUUUAUCUUUUAUCCCCCGCUUUAGUAGCCAUCUUUGGAAAGCCCUUGUUCUCAAAACAAAACAGGAUAUGGAUAUCCAAGAUAGAGAACUAGUAAAUGACUGGCUCAUGAUCAUAGUUUACAAAGAACGUGGUUUUGGCUGA